UCUGCAACGCUAGUACGCGAAUUUUAGCGACGACUUUCUGUUUGUUUCCGUUCGUUUUUUUUUUUUACUUGUGUUGGCCUUUUUCCUGCUUUGCUUUCCUGCAUACACAACAGCGACUUACGUGUUUUAAAAAAUUAAAUAAAAAACAAACAGCAAACUAUUGGUGAAACUUUUAUUUAUAUCAAAUAUUACAAGUUAUUGAGUUGGAGUUUAGCUUAGAAAAAAAAAAUAAAAAUAAACUACUUUAUAAGUGAUAAGCAGCGGUUCAGGUGUAAAAACAACAACAGUAAAGCUGCAAUGCCGCACAUACGUACACAGCUGAUCCUGGUGAUCAUCAGUCUGCUGGGCUAUCACGCACGCAUUGAUGCACAAAAUACAGAACCACCUUGCAGUUUCCCUGGUUCACCAGCCCACAGCACUGUUGUCUUCUCCAGUGCGAACUUGACGCAUGGCACCGUAGCUUCGUACACCUGCGAACGCGGCUUUGAGCUGCUGGGACCGGCGCGGCGUGUUUGCGAUAAAGGCGCCUGGGUGCCUGAUGGCAUACCAUUUUGUGUGCUCAAUGUCGCCGCCGGCAAAGCGCCAAUGCAAAUCUCCACCGAAGGCUCGGGUGCACCACAAAAGGCCAUUGACGGUUCAACAUCCGCAUUUUUCACACCGGAAACCUGUUCGCUCACCAAAGCUGAGCGUUCGCCUUGGUGGUAUGUGAAUCUGCUGGAGCCGUAUAUGGUGCAAUUGGUGCGGCUAGACUUUGGCAAAUCGUGCUGUGGCAGCAAACCCGCUACCAUUGUUGUGCGUGUCGGUAACAACCGUCCCGAUCUCGGCACCAAUCCGAUUUGCAACCGUUUCACAGGUCUACUCGAAGAGGGUCAACCACUAUUUCUGCCCUGUAACCCACCCAUGCCCGGUGCGUUUGUCUCUGUGCACUUGGAAACAAAUACGCCCAACCAAUUGUCUAUUUGUGAGGCUUUCGUUUACACCGAUCAAGCAUUGCCCAUUGAACGUUGUCCCACCUUCCGCGAUCAACCACCAGGGGCGCUGGCUUCCUACAACGGCAAAUGUUACAUUUUCUAUAAUCGCCAGCCAUUGAACUUCCUCGAUGCACUCUCAUUCUGUCGCUCACGCGGUGGCACACUCAUCAGCGAAAGUAAUCCAGCGCUGCAGGGCUUCAUCAGUUGGGAACUGUGGCGUCGUCAUCGUACCGACAUUAGCUCACAAUAUUGGAUGGGUGCAGUGCGCGAUGGCGCAGAUCGCAACACGUGGAAGUGGGUGAAUGGUGACGAGGUGGCGGUGUCUUUCUGGAAUCAUCCAGGUGGCGAUGAGGAUUGUGCGCGUUUCGAUGGCUCGAAGGGUUGGCUGUGGAGUGACACAAACUGCAAUACAUUAUUGAACUUCAUAUGCCAGCAUCAGCCAAAGACAUGCGGUCGGCCAGAGCAGCCGCCAAACUCGACUAUGGUGGCGCUGAACGGUUUCGAAGUGGGCGCUCAAAUCAACUACUCUUGUGAUGCCAAUCAUUUGCUUGUAGGUCCGGCGACACGUACAUGCCUGGAGACUGGUUUCUACAAUGAAUUUCCACCUGUUUGUAAAUAUAUCGAAUGCGGACUACCCGCCUCGAUACCGCAUGGCUCCUAUGACCUUAUAAACGGCACUGUCGGCUAUCUUAGCGUGGUCAAGUAUGCAUGCGCCAAGGGCUUUGAAAUGAUUGGGCGUGCAGUGCUCACCUGUGACUUUGAUGAACGUUGGAACGGCCCACCGCCACGUUGUGAAAUCGUUGAAUGCGAUACGCUACCUGGCAAUUACUACAACACUCUUAUAUCUGCACCGAAUGGCACUUACUACGGUUCAAGGGCCGAAAUCUCCUGCCCACCUGGUUAUCGGCUCGAAGGUCCUCACGUGCUCACCUGCUUGGCUACGGGUCAGUGGAGUAGCGCGCUACCACGUUGCAUUCGUCUCGAACCCUCCACGCCGGCGCCAACGCAACCGACAACACCGGCACCUACACAACCGCCUACUCCAUCACCAACAACACCAUCGACUACGUCUUAUAGACCACGCCUUACAUCAACUUCAAGGCAACCAUCUUACAAACCCACCACCAGCACUACACAAUCGACAAGUACAACACUACAACUGGAUGUUCUUGGCGGCGUCGAUUCUGACGAGGAGGUCACCUAUAUUGUGCCCGGCACUGUGCGCGAAGAGUUCCCACCACGUCGCCCACUCCGUCCAGUAUCCGUGCCCAAACGUACCAGCACCACACCGGCUUAUUAUUCGCCCACCACUUCGACCACGACCAGCACAACAGCGCGUACACGUCCUUAUAGCCCUGUGGAAACAACGACCCGUAACACGCAGAAUAUUAUACUUAAUGCGCACCCACAGGAUAAUGAAAUUGCAGACAGCGUCAAUAUUCGACACAAUCAGUCGCCAAAUGUUAAUAUUCCAUUCUCUGUGGACAACGCCGAUCGCAAGGAAACGAAGGAGGCUAAACUCAAUUUGGGCGCCAUUGUCGCCUUGGGCGCAUUCGGUGGUUUCGUUUUUCUGGCGGCGGUCAUCACGACAAUCAUCAUUUUAGUGAGAAGCACCUCGAACAGCAGGCGGCACAAUGCAAAUUGUUAUUGUGUCAACCAUGUCCACAGGUCACGACUACCAUUCCCUCCACCCACCACCACCAUUCGAACCUCUACCACUCAAUAUAGCAGCGCCUCAACACAUCGAGCGCACAUUUCGCGCGCCAGCUACAUCAGUCCCGCACGUCUCUAUGACCAGCACAGUAGUAUCAGUUCAUCGACACGCUACGGAGGACCACCCUCGUUGUGGUACAGUGUAUUAGCGCUACCAUUUGACGAUCAGAAGUUGGGACGACGUGAGCUUAGCACCUACGGACGAGGCUAUACGGCACGUGCGGGUUACUUUAGUAAUUGUCCAACACAAGAAAGGAUGGACAAGAAGAUGAAGAAGCCAGCAAUAAAAAGUAAAGCGGCAACGGAUGGCAAUGAUAGCGAGAAAUAUGCGUAAAAGUGAGAAGAGAAGGGGAGAAUGCAAUGAAGAUGAAUGAAAGAAAACAACGAGUUUGAAAACUAAUUAAAAUUAUAUAUACAUAUUUACAAUAAGAAAUCGAUUAGCGAGAAAUCGAGUUAACGUGCCAAAGACUAAACAAAAAAAAUCAAAAAACUAAAAUACUCCAUUUUUUGUAUGAAAAUAUAAAAAAGUAACGA